UCUGUCUUUCCUUCCGGGUACCCUGGUCUCCUCUGCCAGCAUACCAGAGGAACCCAGAGGAGACACCAUGACUUCUGCCCUCAUAGCUCUCUUCUGCAUUGGGUUGAGUGUGGGACUGAGGACCCCAGUGCAGGCAGGGACCCUCCACAAACCCACCAUCUGGGCUGAGCCAGGCUCUGUGAUACCCAGGGGGAAGCCCGUGACCAUCUGGUGUCAGGGGACCUUGGAAGCCCGGGAGUAUCUACUGUAUAGAGAGGGAGUCUCAGUGCUCUGGGACAGACAGCAACCACUAGAGCUGAAGGAAAAGGUCAGGCUCUCCAUCCCAUACAUGGCAGAGCAAUAUGCAGGGAGAUAUGUCUGUUACUAUAUCAGCCCCACUGGCUGGUCAGAGCAUAGUGAUAACCUGGAGCUGGUGGUGACAGGAAUCUACAGCAAACCCACCCUCUCAGCCCUGCCGAGCCCUGUGGUGACCUCAGGAGCGAAAGUGGCCCUACAGUGUGGCUCAUGGCUGGGAUUUGACAGGUUCAUUCUGACUAAGGAAGGAGAACACAAACCCUCCUGGACCCUGGACUCACAGCCAAAGCCCAAUGGGCAAUCCCAUGCUCUGUUUCCUGUGGGCUUUGUCACCCCAAGCCACAGGUGGACAUUCAGGUGCUAUGGCUGUGACAGGAACAAACCCCAGGUGUGCUCACGCCCCAGUGACCCCCUGGAGUUCCUGGUUCCAGGUGUGUCUGGGAAGCCCUCCCUCCUGAGCCAGCAGGGCCCUAUCGUGACCUCUGGACAGAACUUGACCCUCCAGUGUCUCUCUGAUGUCAGCUAUGACAGAUUUGCUCUGUCCAAGGAGGGGGGACAUGACCUUCCCCAGCACCUUAGCCAACAGUCCCAGAAUGGACGCUCUCAGGCUGGUUUUCCCCUGGGCCCUGUGAGCUGGUCCCAUGGGGGCCAGUACAGAUGCUAUGGUGGACACAAGCUCUCCUCCAAGUGGUCAGCCGCCAGCGACCCCCUGGACAUCCUGGUGGCAGGAGAACUGCUUGACAAACCAUCCCUCUCGAUGCAACCAGGCCCCACAGUGGCCUCAGGAGAGAACGUGACCCUGCUGUGUCAGACAUGGAGCCCGAGGGACACUUUCCUUCUGUCCAAGGAGGGGGCAAUGGAUCCCCCACUGCGUCUUAGAUCAAAGUACCAAGCUCAGCAGUACCAGGCCCGAUUCUCCAUGAGUCCUGUGACCUCAGCCCACGGGGGGACCUACAGGUGUUAUAGCUCAUACAGCACUGCUGGCCACCUGUUGUCACACCCCAGUGAUCCCCUGGAACUCGUGGUCUCAGGACCCUCUGGGGACCAAAACCCCCCAGUCACAGGGCUCAACUUAACAUCUGAUCUCAAGUGGUACCUGAAGGCUGUGAUCGGGAUCUCCGUGGCCUUCAUCCUGCUGCUACUCUCCCUCCUCCUCUUCCUCCUCCUUCAACGCCAGCGUCAGGGCAAACUCAGGACAUCAGCCCAGAGACAGGCUGAUCUCCAGCUUCCUUCAGGGGCUGCAGACCCAGAUCCCAAGGACAGAGGCCUGCAGAUCAGCUCCAGCCCAGCUGCUGAUGCCCAGGAAGAGGCCCUCUGUGAGAGGAAGAGGAGGGAUCUCCCUGGGGAUGCUGCCGUGAAGGACACACAGCCUGAGGAGGGAGUGGAGCUUCACCAUCAGCAGGAUCCCAAGGAUGAAGAUGCCCAGGGAGUGAUGGAUGUCCAAGUGAGCCACUCAAGAUCAAGGUGGGGAGUGGCCAUCUCUCCUUUCCCCCUAUCAGGGAAGUCACUGGACAUGAAAGAUAGACAGGACGAAGACGACAGACAGAGGGACAGACAGGCUGCUGCAUCUGAAGCCCCCCAGGAUGUGACCUACGUCCAACUGAACCACUUGACCCUCAGACAAGAGAUGACACCCCUUUCCUCCCAGUCAGAGAAGGCCCCAGCAGAGCCCAGUCUGUACGCUGCUCUGGCCAUCCACUAGCCCAUGAAGGACCUGGACCCCACAUUCCAGGGAGGCAGACUGCAGAGACCCCAGAAGGCACAAGAUCUGUCCCCAGUGGACACUCAGCUAAUGACCCCCUGCCAGCCUGGGCUCCUAACAUGGACCACCAGGAGCUUCUGGGACUCUUUGGGACUCACCUGAUUCUGCUGUCAUGAUAACUGAUAUCCUUGCAUUUGGGGAACAAAGCAGCAGACUUCUCAUUAAUCCAUGAGAGAAACGAGAAAUCCAAAACAGAAAUGAGACCCUGUUUUAAAUUGAAUGAUUAUGUAAAUAUUUCACAUUAAACCUACAAAAUGGGAAAAUUAAGAAUCACAGAUGAAUAUUAGAAAAGGAUUAAAAAAUCAAUGAACUAAGCUAUCACACCAAGACUUUAGAAAAAGAAUAGCAAAUUAUUCCCAAUGAAGGUAGAAAGAGGGAAAUAAUAGAGACAGCAUUAGCUACUAAAGAGGGAAAAUUAAAAAAUAGAGAAAAAUCAAUAAAGCCAAGAAACCUCAUCUUUGAAAACAUUAAUCACACUUAUAAAUCCUAGUCACAGCACUCAAGGACAAAAGAGAGAAGACACACAUUACAUCAUCAGGAUAGCAUUACAGAUCCUACAGACGUUCAGUAGAUAACAGAUAAUUAUGAUCAAUUUUAUGUCAUUGUAUUAGAAAAUGCAGAAGAAAUGGACAAAAUGCUCAAAAAUACAAUUUACCAAAAUGAUGGACAUAAAAGUAAGUAGAAAAUCCGAAUUAUCUUAUAUAUUAAAUAUGUUGAAUCUCUAAUUAAAAUUUUCCCAAAAAGUGAACUCUGAGUCUGGAAAGCUUCACUGGUGAAUGCUUCUGAACACUUAUGCACUUAUGAAAUACACACAUACACACACCUGGAUACACACACAAACACACAUGGACACACAUACAUAUAUACACAUAACAAACUUAAACUUCUUUCAAAAAUAGUGAAGGAAGCAAUAUUUAUCACAACACAUUUUAUCAGGUGAGAAAAAAAGCUGAUAUGAAAACCUGACAAGGAAACUGCAAAAUGGGAAAAUCCCCGGAGGCUCUCUCACAGCAUCUUAGCUGUAGAUUCCUAAACAAAAUAUUCUCAAACAACACUAAGUGAUAUAUAAAAUGGACGAUAUAUCAUGACCAUGCUGGUAUGUUUUUUUCAGAAAUUCAUGAUUCGUUUCAUAUUCAAAUCAUUUAGCACAACCAGAGGCAUUCACAAUUAGAAUAAACAACUAUAUACUGGGCAGCUUUGGGAAGAAGAAGAAGGAAAAAAAAAAAAAGAUUGACAACAGAUGUUAGCUCAGGUGCCAAUUUUUUUAAAAAAAAACAAAUCAAUCAAUACAUUUCAAACAUAAAAUGAUUAAUAUAAAAAUGAUAAUAGCAUCAGAUUCAAAACUUCUGAUAAAAUACCUCACCAUUUAUAAUGGAAAAAACCUCCUCGUCAGCAAAAGGGAAUUUCCUAUCAUUUAUUGAAACAUCUUUAAAAAUCUACAAUAGGAAUAAUUUUUGCAGGUAAAAUCUUGAAAUCUUUCCACUUGCGAUUGAGAAUGAGACAAGAAUAUUCACUAUGGCCUCUUCUAUUCAGCACAACUGUAAGAAUCAACCAAAUAAAUAAAGCAAAGAAAAACCAUGAUAUCCACUGAACAGAUGGAAUUAAAGCAUAUUACUCAUGGAUUACAAAAUUUCGUACAUGGAGAAUCCAAAAUAAUAUGAACAUCCAUUAAUUAAUUUGAAGAGGAUUGAUCCAAUGUCACUGGAUACAUCAUCAAUAUAUAAAAAAAAUCAGCAGCAUUUCAGACAUCCAGUUUUGGACCAGGAGGAAGUAGCAGUAUGUCUCCCUAACCACCCAUAAGGCACAAUAAAACUCCUGGACCUCGUAUAUACAAGGAACAUGAGAACACUCCAAACAGUGGAGAAAAGACAGCAGAUGGGCUAAGACUGUUAGGACCCCAGGAGUGACAGAGCGGGUGUCAAGGGAGCCACAUGGGGGACCUGGACUGUAGCCUCCACCUGACAAUAAUGAGCCAGUAAGAGCGAGACAAGAGGAUCAGAGUCAGCAGUAGGAAAUGCGAUGACAGAGUCAAGAGGUUGCAGUGAUGGAAGGAAGGGCUCAGGAGCCAAGCACUACAGGCAGUCUCUGCAAGAUGGAAAAGGCCAGGAAACUGAUUCUCAUGGCAGAUCCCCCAAAAUCAACCACCCCUGCUGAUACCCCAACUUUGCCCAGUGACUGAUUUUUUUGAUUCAUCCUCAAGAACAGUAAGAUGAUAAAUUUGUGUUGUUUAAAUCCACUAAGUUUGUGAUAACUUGUUACAGCAGCAAUGGGAAACUUAGGCAGCCACUUAAGCUCUUUUAAUUAAUGUUUGCAUAAUAUAUUUAUCCCUUCACUUUUAAACCAUGUACAUCGUUGUAUUAAAGUGAACCUCUGGCAGACUGAA